AUGUCCACCGUCCAAUUCACGAACAAGCUCUCUGGUGCAGCCUCAGCCGCCCCCGCGCAUACUCACAGUCAUGACGGCGGGGCUCCUCAUUCGCACGAUCAUGGGCUUGGAGAACAUGGGCAUACCCACGAGAUCUUGGAUCAUCCAGGCAGGUUUGCCGAGCGUGAUUUGCCCGACUGGUCGUCGCGCAACUUCGAGGAACGCGGCUUCACGAUCGGCAUUGGAGGGCCGGUAGGAUCUGGUAAGACAGCUCUCACACUCGCGCUAUGCAAGCGUCUUCGUGACGACUACAACAUCGCCACCGUGACAAAUGACAUCUUCACGCGCGAAGACCAAGAGUUCCUCAUCAAAAACGAAGCGCUUCCAGCAGCCCGCAUCCAAGCGAUCGAAACCGGUGGCUGCCCACACGCUGCCAUCCGCGAGGAUAUCUCGGCGAAUGCUGGCGCGCUCGAGUCGCUCCAGGCGAAGUACGGGUGCCAGCUGCUCUUCGUUGAGUCGGGUGGAGACAACCUGGCUGCCAACUACUCUCGUGAGCUCGCAGAUUUCAUCAUCUACGUGAUUGAUGUAUCGGGAGGAGAUAAGAUCCCGCGUAAGGGUGGCCCAGGCAUCUCGCAAUCUGACCUACUUGUGAUCAACAAGGUCGACAUCGCGGAGUACGUCGGCGCAUCGCUGGAUGUGAUGGCUCGCGACUCGAAGCUCAUGCGCGGCGAUGGCCCGACUGUGUUCACGAGCAUCAAAAAGGACAUCGGUGUCCAGGACGUCGUAGAUCUCAUUCUCGCGUCAUGGAGGACAGCUGGGAGCCCAGGAAAACCGGGCCAUUCGCGCGAUGCUUGA